AUGGAGUUUUCCGGAUUACCAUGCUGCGUCCUCUCUUUCGCGCUUCUCCUCCUUCCCUUAUCCAUCGCCUCGGUAGAGCUCCAGAAGGCGCCCGUUUCAGGUAGAAAACAGCUUGAAGAAGACGGCUUUGGCGCAUGGAGGAGGUUCGUCGCCGAGGUGCCGUCCGCCGGCGACGCCACGGCGCAAAACAGCACCUUCGUGCUGGCGGCGGAGAGGACGUAUAGGCAAGACCCCAUGAACGGAUACCAACGCUACACCGGCGGCUGGAACAUCAGGAACCAACACUACUGGGCUUCCGUUUCUUUCACCGCCAUGCCACUCUUCGCCAUUGCCGUAGCUUGGUUCCUGGGAUUCGGCAUCGUCCUCCUCCUCAUCUGCUGCUGCUACUGCUGUUGCCGACGGCGGAAGCACUCCUACUCGCGAGCCGCCGAUGUCAUCUCUCUCAUUCUCCUCGUACUACUAACCUGCGCUGCAAUCGCUGGAUCUGUCAUCCUGUACGACGGACAGGGGAGGUUUCACAAGAGCACAUCGGCAACACUGGAUUACGUUGUGGGACAAGCAAAUCUGACAGUGGACAAUCUUCAGAAGUUCUCCAGCAGUUUGGCUGAUGCUCGGAACAUCGGAGUGGAUCAGAUCUUUCUUCCUACCGAUAUGCAGAGCAAAAUCGAUGUGCUUCACACAAAGAUCAACACCUCGGCCACUGCUCUCUCUACUCAGACAUCAAAGAACUCCAAGAGUAUCCAUGGCGUGUUAGAUGCAGUGGGUUGGAAUCUGAUCAUCGUGUCUGCAGUGAUGCUGCUUUUGGCAUUCCUCGGAUUCGUAUUCUCUAUAUUUGGACUGCAAUUCCUUGUCUCUAUCUUAGUGGUUGUUGCGUGGAUUUUAGUAGCAGGCACAUUUAUCUUAUGUGGCAUUUUUCUUCUUAUCCACAAUGUGGUCGGGGACGCCUGCGUCGCCAUGGACGAGUGGGUGGAUCAUCCGCACGCGCACACAACUCUGGAUGACAUCCUUCCCUGCGUCGACGUCGCUACCGCCGAUGAAUCCAUGCAACGAAGCAAGCAAGUCACGUUCCAGCUGGUCAACCUGGUCAACCAGGUCAUCGUCAACAUCUCCAACGCCGACUUCCCCCCUGGUAUGGCGCCUCUCUACUACAACCAGUCCGGCCCGCCGGCGCCGCCUCUCUGCAACCCCUACUUGCCCGACAUGUCCAACCGCACCUGUCUCCCCGGGGAGGUCGACUUCAACAGCGCAUCAAAGGUAUGGAAAGGCCACGUCUGCCAAACUGCUCGCGUCGGCGGGAGCGACGUGUGCACCACCGUGGGUCGGAUCACUCCCAGCAUCUACUACCAGAUGACGGCGGCGACCAACGUGAGCCACGGACUGUACUACUACGGACCCUUCCUGGCGCAGCUGGCUGACUGCACCUUCGUCCGCGAAACCUUCGCGGCCCUGGCCAGCAACAACUGCCCCGGCCUGGACCUCUACAGCAAAUUGAUCUUCGUGGGUCUCGUCAUAUUGUCGGCCGCCGUCAUGUUCUCCUCCACAUUUUGGAUGGUCUACGCCAGGGAGCGGCGGCACCGCAAGUACAACAAGCAGCUCAGUGGUCGAGAGAGGGUGCCUUUGGAUUUCUGAGACCCUCGAGUUCUUGGGUAGCUGUUGGGCGGUGCCUUCUUCAUGAAGCGAUCAUCUGCAUGGUUGAUGGUGCCUACGUACAUGAUGAUGAUGAUGUAACAUGAAACAAGCGCUUUGUGUGUUCUUUGUUUGCUCUAGGUUUUGGAUGAUACCAGUAAAGUUGCGU